UUUUUUUUUUUUUUCCUUUUCUGAUGGACUCACUGAGAAUCAUUAUUACUAAACCCUUAAUGAAAUAGCAAUUCAAAAAAUUGCUAAAGCAUAAGUUUCGACUUAUAUCACUUUUUAUACAUUUGACCAUAAUCCAACUUAAGAUGGGAUAGAGCCAACAAGGGUGACCAAGUUCAUAUAUUUGCAACACAUCUUAUAAAUAAAUUAUACAUACCUCUACAGUAACAAAGAGGUGGUUUCUAUGUGACCAUUAGUUGACCUAAGGCUAUUAUGAAUAAUUUGACAGCAGAUUUAGAGGUUAGUUCAGAAUCAACAGGCACCAAAUAUUCGUUAUCUAUGCUUGAUUGCUUAUCCAAAUUUUGGUGCCUAUUUUAAAUUUUAUUUGAGGUCCAAUUUGCUUGACUUUUUGACUAAGGCAUAAAAUUCAUCCACUCAACUCCUAAGACGUCAGGCACAGAUUUGGCUGUUAGCCUGCUAGUGCAUUUAAUGAGAUGUGCACUAGAGUAUCUAAUUAAAUACUCUCUGUUUUUUUUUGUGUACCCAUUAAUAAUUUUUUAUGUACCCGCUACUGGUUUAAUCUAUUUUUCAACCACACUUCCUUUGUCCCACAAUUUUUACUCACUUCCACUUUCACCUAUAUUUUUCUUACACUCACUUAAUUUUUUCUGAAACUAAAGUCUACAAAAAGAAAGUGGACAGAGUAAUAUGUUUAUUUUUUCAGACUUAUUAGCUGCUGUUUGCCUGUUUUUAUUGUAUUGUUUAUCCAACCAUUUUAGAGCUUGUCUCAAAAAGAGGAAAAAAAAGUCACCAUGAUUUCAGAAACCUGGGUAAUUCCACUACUGACCUUCCUCACUGUGUUUUUGGCCAUAUUCCUCCUCACCAGAAAACAGAACCACCACCAACCACCACUCCCACCAGGCCCACUGGGCCUUCCCAUACUAGGGAACCUCCUCUCACUAGACCCAGAACUCCACACUUACUUCGCUUCCUUGGCCCAAACCCACGGCCCAAUAUUCUCUCUCCGGCUUGGGACCAAGCUUGGUGUUGUCAUCUCCUCUCCUGCUCUAGCUAAGGAGGUGCUUAAAGAUCAUGACAUCAUCUUUUCCAACCGUGACAUACCCAUUGCUGGGAAAUUGGCCACAUAUGGUGGCCACAAUAUUGUGUGGUCCCCCUACGGCCCCACGUGGCAGCUGCUGCGUAAAGUCACUGUGAGAGAGAUGCUUGGUGCUGCUACACUUGAUGCUCUGUAUGGCAUCCGUUGGCAGGAAACCCGGCAGAUGAUCUGGAGAUUGUCGGAGAAAGCGGGGACAAAGACGGCAGUUAAUCUGGGAGAGGAGGUGUUCUUGGUGGUGAUCAGGGUGGUGACAGGGAUGUUGUGGGGAGGUGCCAUGGGGAUUGAAGAUAGAGAAAAGAUUGAGUCGGAGUUUCGAGUGGCGGUGACCAAGGUUGUAAGGUUGUUGGGUGCACCGAAUAUAUCAGACUUUUUUCCGAGUUUGGCACGGUUUGAUUUGCAGGGUAUAGAGAAAAAUAUGAGGAAGUGUGCUAAGUGGUUGGAUGAAAUUUUUGAGAAGGUGAUUGAUCAACGGCUGAGAAAUAAUAGGGAGGGAAAUGAAGGGAGGAAGAAAGAACAGGAUUUUCUGGAGGUUUUGUUGCAAUUGAAGGAUGAUUAUGAGGGUGAAGGCAAUGGUAAGGUGUCAUUUUCCAUGACCCAUGUUAAAUCUUUGCUCAUGGAUAUGGUGGUGGGAGGAACUGACACAACUUCAAACACAGUUGAACUUGCAAUGGCAGAAAUAAUGAACAAACCAGAGGUGCUGAAAAAGAUCCAGCAAGAGCUGGACACAGUGGUUGGAAGAGACAGCAUUGUGGAGGAGCAUCACAUCUAUAAACUACCAUACCUGCAAGCUGUCAUGAAAGAAGCACUCCGUUUGCACCCUGUACUUCCCUUGCUAGUUCCUCAUUCCCCGAGUGAGUCCUGCAUUGUUGGAGGCUAUACCAUCCCCAAGGGUUCCCGAGUUUUCAUCAAUGUAUGGGCUAUCCAUCGAGACCCUACAAUAUGGACUGACCCAUCAAAAUUUGACCCAGAAAGGUUCUUAAGUGCUAAAAUUGACUUCCGUGGAAAUGACGACUUCAAUUUCUUACCUUUUAGCUCAGGCAGAAGGAUUUGCGCCGGGAUAGGAAUGGCUGAGAAGAUGGUGCUGUUUUCACUGGCCUCAAUGCUACAUUCUUUUAACUGGAAACUGCCUGAGGGAGAACAACUGAAUAUUCAGGAGAAAUUUGGGAUCGUCAUGUCCCUGAGAAAGCCUCUCUUAGCAAUCCCUGAGUGUAGAUUAUCUAGUCCAUCUCUGUAUGAAUAAGUAAGCUCUAUGCAUUAUUCUGCUCUUCUGUAUGUUGCUUUGCAUUUCAGGGUAUAUUCUAAUCAUGUAAUUGUUGAUGCACAAUAAAAAAAAUUCUUAAUGCAUAAAAUUUUCGUGUAAACAAGAGGAAUAGCUGUUUAUAAACUUUUUA